AUGCAGUAUCUAGCCCCUUUCAUGGAUCGGGACUUUGGUUUUAGCCUUGCAAGCGAUCUACUCGACACCUACUUUUCGAGCGCCUUUAGUGGCCGCAUGCAUCCUACGUGUCAUCACCUGCACAACUUCAUCGUGCGGCGAUGCGACGUUUUGGACCCCUUGCACCCACGGAAGAUGCAUCCGGCUUUACUAGCAAGCAUGCUAUUCGUGGCAUCACUAAGCGACAAAGCCUUGGGCCUGUUCAGUGGACCCGAGGAAAGAGACCGCAUAUGCAAGUACCUCAGCCUGCUGACUUAUCGCCUGCUUUACCCAUCACGCCUAGAAUCACUUCUCAGUCAAGAGGAUCUUGGGCUGCCCACAUCAUGUGCUUCUAUGCCAUGCUACACAGACGAAGAUAUUCAUCGCGCACUCGACCCCCAAGGCACGGAACCACUGCCUGUAACCUGGGGGACAGAUUAUAUUAUCACCUUCAUACACGUCUCCUCCGUAAUUUCAGGUAGUGAGAAGAAGGCAGCCAGUAUCCGCUGGUGGAGCGUAGCUUUCAAUCUCGCCCGCGAUCUCAAACUCAACCGAGAGAUCGACACAUACUCGGCUCAAAAACAAUCGAGUGGCGACCAGCCCAUCCUCACUUGCGGUUGCUCGAAUCCGCAGGAGCUCAGCAAAGAUUUCAUGACUGAAGUGCACCGCGAAGAGCGGCGCCGAACAUGGUGGCUACUCUUCCUGAUGGAUCGACACCUUGCCCUCUGCUACAAUCGGCCGUUGGCUCUACUCGAAGCUGAGUGCAAGGACCUCUUACUACCCCUUGACGAUGUCACCUGGCAGUCUGGUGCACAGCCGCAUAGCCAUGGCUUCCAGCAGAAUGGUCCUCGCUGUGUGCUUGCUCCAUCUGGGACUGGCCGCGAUAACGGCCCGUCGGUCACAUGUACAGGUGUUGGUCUAUUCGAGUUUUUCCUUCCUUUGAUGACUGUUACGGGCCAUCUUCUAGACUUCAAUCGAGCGAAGAAUCAUCCCGUCCUUGUCUCUGCGGGAGCCUCUAUGUGGUCGUCCCAGGAACGCCAGAUUCUCUCCGAACUCGAGCAAUACCAGGACAGCCUCGACCGACUGACCGUGCCCGAGUCGCCAAUUGAACGUCGUACUUCAACGAAUGCCCAGCAGUGGUCACAAACACCUCCAGCCUCUGUCCACGAAGACUCGGAAGCCACGCAUAUUGCCAAGACUGUCUCUGCAUACGCAAGACAUGUGAUGGCGGUCCUCCGUAUCUUAAUGGGCAGUAAAUGGGACCCAGUGCAGCUUUUCGAGGAUGCGGACUUUUGGACUUCGAGUCCAGGUUUCAAGGAUAGCAUGUCACACACUAUUACAGCAAGCGAGUGCGUCACCGAAAUCUUGGAGCUCGACCCAGACUUCAGCUUCAUGCCGUACUUCUUUGGUAUUCAACUGCUGCACGGGAGUCUUCUACUGUUACUCGUGGCGUAUAGACUGCAGGCGGACAGCGGGAUGGUCAUACUCGCAGCAUGCGAGGCCGUUGUCAGAGCCACUGAAAGCUGCUUCGUGACCCUGCCAACCGACUAUCAGCGGCAGUUCCGCAAUGUAAUGCGCAGCGCCAUCGCACUUGCCAGAGGUAGGGGUGAUCGUGCGAGAGAAGGCGAGACCGAGAAGCAGUUAGCCAGUGUACUGGCCAGAUAUCGUUGGAGUCGAAACGGUGGUGGCCUAGCCAGAUGA